AUGACGGCCGCGGGGCGCGGUGUGUACGGCGCGAACAAGCCCACCUCCGGCGACCCCGAGAAAUGGGUCUGUCCGUCAUGCCUUGGUGGAGGGAAGCCGGGCGACAUGGGCGUGGUGCGCGAUGUCAGCGACUGGCAGUGUGUAGGCCGCGCAACCGAUGAGCUGGUGCUCGCCGGGGCGACGGCCGCUUGGGCCGACUGUCCUAAAGGGCAGCCACUCUGGCGGCAGAAUUGGGCUACACUGGUUGAUUGGGCUGCGCGGCCCACUGAGUGGCUCAACUCAAUCGCGAUCCAGCAUCCCCUGCAUCUCUCUCAUCCUCCACAAUCUCCCCUCACCACGCUUCUCGACUCCUCCCCGUCCCCGACCUCUCCUCUUCCUAUCAACCUGGGAGGCUCGGCGAAACAGAACUGCCCCUUCUCAUCUAGACUAGAGGGGAUACAAAGGCGAUCGAGAGUUCCGGUCCUCUCGCCGGGGCCGGCGGUCUGCCCCGGCUCCGAGGGCCCUGUGGACUUCGGAGGUGCGGCGGCCCCGACUCUUCGUUGGUGGGGGGGGGGAGGUGGUCCUACUUAUUGGAGGUUUAGGUCUCCUGACAAGGUCUGUGAGGCGGACGCCAGUCUCUGCUAUGGCCAGUACGGAUUAUUUAUGAUGGUAGCCUGGAGUGUAACAUCAGUGCUACACUUUAGACCUUCUGAAUCGUACUAUCUUAAAUCUGAAGUUUCUUUUUCAAGCUCUUCAAUUCUUUCAUUUAUGGAAGCAUCAGGUAUAGAAGGAGAAAAUAUAUUAAGUAUUCGAUGAGUGAGGAGAAGCAGAACUACUAUAUCGCUAAAGCGUUUUUUUCUUUCAAUUUGUGUUCUGGGGAUGAUCAGAAUUGAGAGAUUAGCAUGCAAAUCCUCGACGCCUUUGUGCGGUCAAGCUGCCAAGAGGGUCCAUAAACCAUAAUCUUCGGGAGUUCUAGAAGUACCUCAAAUUUGAUAUUGUUAAUGCAAUAAAAACACAAGUAUAACCA